AUGGCCUCCUCAUCAUCCAAUGUCGUCGGUGUCCACUAUCGUGUAGGGAAGAAGAUCGGCGAAGGGUCGUUCGGCGUGAUCUUCGAGGGAACAAAUCUCCUGAACAACCAACAGGUGGCGAUAAAAUUUGAACCCCGCAAGAGUGACGCCCCGCAACUUCGUGAUGAAUAUCGGACCUACAAGAUCCUCGUCGGGUGUCCUGGCAUUCCCAAUGUCUAUUAUUUUGGUCAAGAGGGCCUCCACAAUAUCUUGGUCAUUGACCUGCUUGGCCCUAGUCUGGAGGAUUUGUUUGAUCACUGCAACCGGCGAUUCUCGAUCAAGACUGUUGUCAUGGUCGCCAAACAGAUGCUGUCUCGAGUCCAAACUAUCCACGAGAAGAACCUGAUUUAUCGCGAUAUUAAGCCUGACAACUUCCUCAUCGGUCGCCCCAAUACGAAGGCCGCUAAUGUAAUCCACGUUGUCGAUUUCGGAAUGGCCAAGCAAUACAGAGAUCCCAAGACCAAGCAGCAUAUCCCUUAUCGUGAGCGGAAAUCGCUGUCCGGCACAGCCCGCUACAUGAGCAUCAAUACCCACCUGGGACGGGAACAAUCGCGUCGUGAUGAUCUCGAGGCGCUCGGCCAUGUCUUCUUGUACUUCUUGAGAGGUGGACUCCCCUGGCAGGGUCUCAAGGCUGCCACCAACAAGCAAAAGUACGAGAAGAUUGGCGAAAAGAAGCAAACCACUGCGAUCAAGGAUUUGUGCGAUGGCUUCCCAGAAGAGUUCACGAAAUACCUGACCUAUGUCCGCAACCUCGGAUUCGAAGAUACCCCUGACUACGACUACCUCCGGGACCUGAUGACACAGGCCCUAAAGAAUACGGGCGAUGUCGAAGAUGGAGAAUAUGACUGGAUGAAGCUCAACAAUGGCAGAGGCUGGGAGUACAAAUCGUACUCAUCCCAGCAGCAUCUCCACAACAACACCCUUCCCAACUCAUCCGCGCGGGAGCUUCACGCUCAACAGCUCCGGGGUAGUCGACCAGGAGUGACUGCUGACCGUUUAAAUGCGGCGCAGCCUCCGCCUCCAUCUCCGGCCAAACCUGGUGCUGGAAAGACGCGCGAUCGGCCAAGCGUGUCUGGAGGAAUGGCCCCGAAGCGUCAGAGCGGAGGCCUCGAUGCCACACCAGCGGCUUCGACUCAAGCCCAGUUCCAGAACUCGAAUGCCAACAUUUCCGGACAGAUGGGCAGCCCUACAAACCCGGCCAAGACCAGCCAGCAAGGCCCCGGUGGUCCGGCGAACAAUGAGCCGCAGCCUACAUUCGUGCAGAAAAUGAUGAAGGCGCUUUGCUGCGGUAGGUGA